AUGGGAAAUAAGCAGACCAUUUUUACGGCAAAGCAGCUGGACGCCUAUCAGGACUGUACGUAUUUCACAAGAAAGGAAAUUCUCAGACUCUUCUACCGCUAUCACGAUUUGGCACCGCAGCUCGUUCCCCUCGACUACACCAACCAGCCAGAUGUGAAGCUACCAUACGAGCUGAUUGGCUGCAUGCCCGAGCUGAAGGACAAUCCCUUUCGCCAGAGGAUCGCCGAGGUCUUCUCAGAGGACGGAAAGGGAAACAUGACGCUGGACGACUUUCUGGACAUGUUCUCCGUUCUGAGCGAGAUGGCGCCACGGGACCUUAAGGCCUACUAUGCCUUUAAGAUUUACGACUUCAACGACGACGACUUUAUUUGCAAGUCGGACCUGGAGAAGACUCUCAACAAGCUGACCCGCAACGAGCUGACGGAAGACGAGGUGCGCAUGGUGUGCGAGAAGGUGCUGGACGAGGCCGACCUGGACAACGAUGGCCGUCUGUCGCUGGAGGACUUUCAGCAUAUGAUCGUACGAGCGCCAGACUUCCUCAGCACCUUCCACAUAAGGAUAUAAGUUUGACUGCCACCUACCAAUGCACUUCAAAUGCCGACGACUGAGAGGAAAGUGGUA